CUUUACUCUUGUGUCUGAAUAUUUUUUCUCUGAUUUCAAGAGAGAGUCAGGCACAAAAAGAAAAAAAGAAAAAAAAUUCCAAUCAAAAAUACCAAAAAAACUUCUAGAGUUUUUUGUUAUUUUUUGUUUGAAAAAAAAAAUAAAAAAAAUGGGUUACAGUGGCGAUGGUUCAAAGAAGAAAAAGAUGGCCAUGUUGGGCGUCUCUUCAAUCCUCCUUGUAGCAGCCGUUGUUGGUGCUGUGACAUACGGCAUUAGCUCGAAAAACAAUGCCGAAACUGGCGCUCCGGCGGGCGGCGCCAGCGCAUCCCCGAGCUCCUCAACCAAGGCCGUGCAAUCCAUCUGCAAACACGUUGAUUACAAGGAAACCUGUGAGAACAGUCUCGCAAAAGCCGGGAACACAAGUGAUCCAAAGGAGCUUGUUAAGGUUGCAUUCCAGGAUGCUGCCAAGGAUCCAAGGACUUCUCAGGCCCUGGAAACUUGCAAAGAGGUCCUGGACACCGCCAUCGACGACUUCAAGAGGUCGUUCGCCCGAGUCGAGGAGUUUGACAUGAGCAAGGUCGACGAGUACCUUGCCGAUCUCAAAACAUGGCUCAGCGGCGCCAUCACCUACCAGGAAACCUGCAUCGACGCCUUCGAGAACACCACCGGAACCACCGGUGAGAAGAUGAAGCAGCUCUUGACAACCGCCUCACAGCUAUCCAGCAACGGUUUGGCUAUGGUUUCACAAUUUUCCGAAAUUAUCGGUACAUUGAAUAUCCCUGGAUUGAAUAGGAAGCUCAUGUCGACUGAGGCCCUGGAUGAGCAAUCCUACCCUGAUUUCGUCAAUGCCAAGCAACGCAAACUCCUCGGGGCCGAUCCCUCCACCUUGAAGCCUAACGCCGUCAUUGCUUUGGAUGGAAGUGGCACACAUAAGACAUUCAAGGAUGUGAUCAACACCAUCCCGAAGAACAACAGCGUCCCCUUCGUCAUUCUUGUCAAGGCCGGUGUCUAUCACGAAACUGUUAUGAUCCCAAGAAAGAUCAACAAUGUUUACAUCUUCGGUGAAGGCCCUGAGAAGACCAAGAUCACCGGUAACAAGAACUACGUCGAUGGAAUCGGCACCUUCCAUACUGCCACUGUUGGAGACGAAGGAAUAGAAUUGGUGGUUGACUCAAAGGACCUUCAACAGCAGAGCAAAGCCCUCGAUAAGCUCACCGACCAUGUCGAAGACCGUCAGCUCGACUCCACUCGUGUUCAGGAGGCGAUGGCUUCAAUUGCUGCAUCUAGGGAAGCUGAUCUGCAAGCAAAGAAAUUAAGGGAGAAGGAAUUAGCUGCGGUUAAGAUCAAUGCAGUUGAUGUAGAUAUAAUUGCCAACGAAUUAGAGCUGGACAAGAAGUUGGCAGAAAGAGUCUUACGCGAGCACAAAGGAGAUGCAGUUGCAGCGAUUCGAUCUUUAAUUGACUGA